UUUGCCGGAUCGGACUCAUCCGGGGCGCAUGCAGUUUUGUCCCGCAAAUUGUGCAGUUUGAAGAGUGAUUUCGGCUCAUUGGGAAUACUCUUUUGCUUUAUUUUGUGAUGCCCACACAGAAAAGGACGCAUUGUGCCACAAGCCAGGAAGUGAGGAUGUAAGACGCGUGGAUGUGGAUCCCCCCCGCCCCCGACUCCCUCCCUUUGGACAUAUUUUCAUUCCCUUUUCUUUUGGAUCAAAAGGCUAACAUUUGAAGCACGUUGGAUGGACGGUGACUUCAUUAUCUGGAAUGUGAUGCAUUCAAGAACACGAGGGAGGAAUCUGACAUAAGCGAAUAGUUGUAAUCUGUCUGCUACCAGACCUCAGUGCUGACCUCCACCGUGACCUUUAGCAGCGGGCGGUAAGAGGAGGAGGCCAUGUGGACCGCACGCCUGCUAGUCCUCGCCAGCCUCUUUGCCCCGGCCACUAUGGCCUUCAGUCGAGCGCCCAUCCCAAUGGCGGUGGUGAGGAGGGAGCUGUCAUGUGAGGGCUACCCCAUUGAGCUGCGCUGCCCAGGCACCGACGUAAUUAUGAUCGAGAGCGCCAACUACGGACGGACCGACGACAAAAUCUGUGACGCCGACCCGGCGCAGAUGGAAAACACCCGAUGCUACCUGCCUGACGCCUACAAGAUCAUGUCUCAAAGAUGUAAUAACCGGACCCAGUGUGCCGUUGUUGCCGGCCCGGACGUGUUUCCCGACCCCUGUCCCGGAACGUACAAAUAUCUGGAAGUCCAGUAUGAAUGCGUGCCCUUCAAAGUGGAGCAAAAAGUAUUCCUGUGCCCAGGGCUUCUGCGCAGGGUCUACCAGAGCGAACACCUCUUUGAAUCGGACCACCAGUCUGGGGCGUGGUGCAAAGACCCUCUUCAAGCCUCCGAUAAGAUCUACUACAUGCCAUGGACGCCCUACCGCACGGAUACAUUGACCGAGUACUCCUCCAAGGAGGACUUCAUUGCCGGAAGGCCGACGACGACAUAUAAACUCCCCCAUCGCGUCGACGGCACUGGCUUCGUGGUGUACGACGGCGCACUUUUCUUCAACAAGGAGCGCACACGCAACAUUGUGAAGUUCGACCUGCGGACUCGCAUCAAGAGCGGCGAGGCCAUCAUCGCCAACGCCAACUACCACGACACGUCGCCAUAUCGCUGGGGGGGUAAGUCGGACAUUGACCUGGCCGUGGACGAGAACGGCCUGUGGGUGAUCUACGCCACCGAGCAGAACAACGGGCGCAUCGUCAUCAGCCAGCUCAACCCGUACACGCUGCGGGUGGAGGGCACCUGGGACACGGCGUACGAUAAGCGCUCGGCGUCCAAUGCCUUCAUGAUUUGCGGGAUCCUGUAUGUGGUGAAGUCGGUGUACGAGGAUGACGACAACGAAGCCACGGGGAACAAGAUUGACUACAUCUACAACACGGAGCUGAGUAAAGACGGCUUCCUGGAUAUCCCCUUCCCCAACUCCUAUCAGUACAUCGCGGCCGUGGAUUACAAUCCAAGAGACAAUCUGCUCUACGUUUGGAACAAUUACCACGUUGUGAAGUACUCGUUGGAUUUUGGCGUACUGGACAACCGACUCGAGUCUUCCUCUUCCGUGAUGGUCUACAUGGACACCACCACGAGGAGGACAACUACUCAUCCCACCACCACAACUACGACAGUCACAGCCACACCAGGAAGGACCACCACGGCCAGAAUGCCUGUCACCACGGCCCAGUGGCGCCGAAUCACGUCCACGGCGUCCCCUCCGGCCCAGACUCCCGCGGGACGCUCAGUCCUGGGGGACGAUGACGAGCAUUCACCCUCUUCCUCCAGGCUUCCUAACAUCAGGGUGGAAUACUGCAGUCCCCUGGUCAUGACGGAUGUCUCCUGGCCCAAGACAAGGCAGGGGAUGGUUGCUAAGAUGUCAUGUCCUCCUGGAACCAUAGGUGUGGCCUUCUACACCUGCAUGGGCCCCGAGGGCUACUGGAACCCCCAGGGGCCCGACUUCACCAACUGUACGUCCCCUUGGGUCAAUAUCAUCAGCCAGAAGCUCAAAGCCAGCGAGACGGCGGCAGUGAUCGCACGAGAGCUAGCAGAGCAAACCAAGAACAACCUUCAGGCGGGGGACAUUGUCUACACGGUGAGGGCCAUGGUGCAGCUCGUGGAUCUGCUGGAUGUCCAGUUGAGGAACCUCACGCCCGGGGGCAAAGACAGCGCAGCACGAAGUCUCAACAAGCUACAGAAAAGAGAGCGUUCGUGUCGCUUUUACGUUCAGGCCAUGGUGGAGACGGUGAACAACCUCCUGCAGCCCCAUGCCCAGGGGGCGUGGAAGGAGCUGGGCACAGGCGAGCAGCUGAGGGCAGCCACCAUGCUGCUGGACACUGUGGAGCAGGGCGCCUUCGUGCUGGCUGACAACCUGCUGAAGACGGAUAUUGUGCAGGAGAACACAGACAACAUUCAGCUAGAGGUUGCGAGGAUGAGCACAGAUGGGAAUUUACCCGAUCUAAAGUUCCCACAAACGGGCGGACAAGGCAGCUCCAUCCACCUAUCGGCAAACACACUCAAGCAGCAUGGAAGAAAUGGUGAGAUAAGGAUUGCGUUCGUGUUGUACAAGCACAUCGGAGCAUAUUUAUCCACGGACAAUGCCAGCAUCAAACUGGGCAGCGACGCCAUGGCGACGAACUACUCUGUCAUCGUCAACUCGCCUGUGAUCACCGCCGCCAUCAACAAGGAUGCCAAUAAAGUCUACCUUUCAGACCCGGUCAUCUUUACCAUCAGACAUCUGCAACAUUCCGAGGAAAACUUCAACCCCAACUGUUCUUUCUGGAGUUACUCCAAGCGAACUAUGACUGGUUACUGGUCCACUCAGGACUGCCGCCUACUUGGGACCAACAGAACGCAUACCACCUGCUCCUGCACCCAUCUCACCAACUUUGCUGUCCUCAUGGCCCACGUGGACGUGAAGAACACAGACGCAGUCCAUGACAUGAUCCUGGAUGUAAUCACCUGGGUGGGCAUCCUCCUGUCUCUGGUCUGCCUGCUGGUCAGCAUCUUCACCUUCUGCUUCUUCAGAGGCCUCCAGAGCGAUCGCAACACCAUCCACAAGAACCUCUGUGUCUGCCUCUUCAUCGCUGAGUCCCUAUUCCUGGUGGGGAUAAACCGGGCUGACCAGCCGAUCGCAUGUGCCGUCUUUGCUGCCUUGCUGCACUUCUUCUUCCUGGCGGCGUUCACAUGGAUGUUUCUGGAAGGCGUCCAGCUCUACAUCAUGCUGGUGGAGGUAUUCGAAAGCGAGCACUCCCGGCGUCGUUAUUUCUACAUGGUGGGCUACGGCGUCCCGGCGCUUAUCGUCGCCGUCUCCGCUGCCGUGGACUACCGGAGUUACGGCACAGAGAGAGUCUGCUGGCUUCGUCUGGACACUUACUUCAUUUGGAGUUUCAUCGGACCAGCAACCUUGAUAAUUAUGCUCAACGUGAUCUUCCUGGCCAUCGCGCUCUACAAGAUGUUUCAUCACACGGCCAUCUUGAAACCAGACUCCAGUUGCCUCGACAACAUCAACCGCCGUUAUUACGACGGAUGUGUUAUAGUAGAGUGGCACUGCCAUCAGGAUUACGAACCCGAGAUCAAAUCAUGGGUGAUCGGCGCCAUCGCCCUACUGUGCCUGUUGGGCCUCACCUGGGCCUUCGGACUGAUGUACAUCAACGAGAGCACGGUGGUCAUGGCCUACCUCUUCACCAUCUUCAAUUCCCUACAGGGAAUGUUCAUCUUCAUCUUCCACUGCGUACUUCAGAAGAAGGUGCGUAAAGAGUUUGGAAAGUGCCUCAGGACGCACUGCUGCAGCACUAAAAGUGUGGAAAGUUCCAUCGGUUCCAAGGGAAAUGCUUCCAGAGCUCCUGGACGGUACUCGACUGGCUCACAGAGCCGCAUACGAAGGAUGUGGAAUGAUACGGUGAGAAAGCAGUCGGAGUCGUCGUUCAUGACUGGUGACAUCAACAGCUCAGCGUCUCUGAACAGAGGGGCUAAUCAUCUUAUCCCUAACGCACUCCUACGUCCUCACGGCACUAACAAUCCCUAUAAUACAUUGCUUGGGGAGUCGGCGGUCUAUAACAACCCUCUGGGCAUGUACAACGUGCAAGAGGGAAUCCUGAACAAUGCCCGGGAUACAAGUGCCAUGGAUACUCUACCACUGAAUGGUAACCACGGCUACAGCAUCGCCAGUGCCGACUACAUGAGUGACUGUGUCCAGAUCAUCGAGCGGGGCUACAACCACAACAAGGAGACCACCCUGGAGAAGAAGAUCCUCAAGGAGCUGGCUUGCAGUUACAUUCCGUCCUACCUGAACAACUCCCAUGAGCAAAACCGGAACCUAGUGAACAAGCUGGUGAAUAACGUCAACAAGGAGAGCGUCGGUGGUGGAGGUGGCGGUUAUGGGACGAGAGCAGGGGUGGGCAUGGCCUUCCCCUUGCACCACGAUGAAGGCUUGGAGUUGAUCCACGAGGAGUCAAACGUCCCACUCCUGCCUCCCCUGGAGACCCUGCAUAAUCACCUCCAUCAGACGCCACCCCCACUUCCACUGACCCAUCUCCACGGCUUCACCUCCGCCGACCCUCCUCCUCCUCCUCCUCCUCCUCCUCCUUCUUCCCGGAGGCGAAUCCCACAGGAUAACAGCGAUAGCUUCUUCCCGUUGCUGAAGCACACUGAGGAUUCCUCUCCGAGCCACAACCAGAGAGACUCGCUGUACACCAGCAUGCCCAUGCUGCCGGGCCACCCGAACGACGGGCCCCCGGAUACCAAGGAAGGGGGCGAGAGGAAGAGUCCCGGCGCCAGCUCGGACGACGUUUACUACAAAAGCAUGCCCAACCUCGGCUCUGAGAACCACCUCCAUCAGUUGCAUUCCUACUACCAGCUAGGACGGGGCAGCAGUGACGGUUUCAUUGUGCCGCCCAACAAGGAGGACCUGUCCCCGGUGGGGUCCCACCAGGAGCCGUCACACAUGGUCACCAGCCUAUAGACGCACCAUGUCAUACAUUAUCUCCCGUCUUUCCAUCAGCAGCGGUCCCCUUUUGAUGCUAAAAGGUUUGCGGAACUAUACGAAUGGUGCCAGUCCGGGCGCUAGCUCGGACGUGGUUCACUACAAAAGCAUGCCCAACCUCGGCUCCGGGAAACCGCCCCCAUCAGCUGCAAUGGUUUUAUUGUACCACUGAACGAGUAGGACCCGUCCCGAGAGGGGUGCGGCCAGGAGCCCUCUCAUCCGGUCCCCACAUAGCACCUCCAUGUCAAAGAUUCUACACCGUGUUUCACCAUCUGUCGUCCGCAGCGCUAGCCAGUUAACACUACAAAGGCGCUCACUUCGUACCACGCUCUUGGGGAAAAAAAAAAAAAAAGACUCGCUUGAGGAACUUUUCAAACCCACCAAAAACAAACAAAAAAAGACUAUUUUAUUACCCUUGCAUUGACUUUUUCCAAGGAUUUUUCUUUGUUUUGUUGGAGCUGCAGCACAUUUUGUUUGCUGAAGAAUCAAAGAAUCAUAGCCGCUCUUCUUCUGUUUAUUUUAAUGUAAUAAAACUAAUAAGAGAUAUUUCUAUGUACUUGUACAGUAACUAGCAUUGCACAUAAAUAGGAUGUUUUUGUUUCAGAAAUACCCCCAGUAAAUGUUGUCUAUCGCAAAAACAAACACAAAAAAAAAAAACAUUCAGGCAUUAUUUGUGCAAUGUCUUUUUCCCCCUUUUUUUCAAAGAAGUACGAGUGUAGAUAGCAGUGGUUGUAAAGGAAGAUUCCCUCAGACUGACAAUUAAUUCCAACAAAGCCCACAUGGGUUAUUGAUGAUGAGCACUUGGCACUUGUACAAAGAUGGCUGUUCUACUUAUUAAAGAAAAAAGAUGAUUUUGGA